UCCAUUUUUUCAAUCGUUAUCUUCAUAUUUUCAAGAUCAUUUGAGUAUUCAACUUGAUCAUGGCCAAUGAAUUUCCUCCAACCCAUUUUUUUAAGAUCAUAUGUGAUCAAAGCCUUCAUCAAGGAAAGCUUAUAAUCCCAAGAAAGUUUGUGGAGAAAUAUGGAGAAGGUUUAUCAAAUGCUAUAUAUCUAAAGACUCCAAAUGGUGCAAAGUGGAAAUUAAAUUUGGUAAAAAGUGAUGGUAAAAUAUGGUUUGAAAAGGGUUGGAAAGAAUUUGUGAAGUAUCAUUCUUUAUCUCAAGGCCAUCUUCUGCUUUUCAAAUAUGGAAGAACUUCCCAUUUUCAUGUGCACAUCUUUGAUAAGAGUGCCUUAGAGAUAAAAUACCCUUCCCAAAGAGUUGAAUCAAAAAGGGUAUCCAACGAUCUAGGAAAUAAACCUCAGAAUGAUGAAGAUUUGGAAGAUUAUAUAGCAAGUAAAAAGAGAAAAACUAACUUGUCAUUCGAAUUUAAUCAACCAUAUGAAAUUGGAAGCAAUAGCUGUGUUAAUGUUGGGAAAUUGGAAAAGGUAGCAGCUUUGAAUCAUAUUGACAAAAAGUGUAAAGGUACGAGAAUUUGUGUUGUCAAUGUCUCAUGA